AUGGCUGCCUUUCUUCUCUCCAUGCAAGCAUUCUUUUUCCAAUUUCUCGUCUUGUCAGCCUCAAAUGUAUCUGCUCAGUCGACUACUACUGCAGAUACAGACUUCUCAUGUUCUGCAAACUCAACUCAAAUGUGCAACACAUUUGUCACGUACCGCGCUUGGUCUCCCGAUUAUCUUGAUUUGGGGCGUGUUUCUGAUCUCUUUGGUACAAGCCGUUUGAACAUUGCAAAAGCCAGCCAGCUGGUGUCCGAAAAUGCUCAACUUGUACCUAAGCAACUCUUGCUGAUACCAAUCAAGUGUAGUUGCAAUGGAUCUUACUUCUUCUCGAAUGUUAGCUACCAGAUCAAGAGAGAUGAUAGCUUUUAUUCAGUUUCAACCCAUGCUUUCCAAAACCUGACAAAGUAUCAGUAUGCCGAAGAGAUGAACCCCACUGUGAAUCCUGUGAACUUGACAAUUGGUGCAGAACUGGUCUUCCCUUUGCUCUGUAAGUGCCCAGCACAGUCUGAUUUACAGAAAGGAUUCCAAUAUCUUAUUACCUAUGUAUGGCAACCAGGUGAUGAAGUACUUCCUAUGAGUGCCAUGUUUAACACAUCACCAAUAGCUAUUGAUGCGGAAAACAAUCAUCGCAACUUUUCUGCUGCAGCAUGUCUUCCGGUUCUAAUACCGGUGCAAAAGCCACUUGUAUUGCAAACUUUCCCCCCUCCUCCUUCAACUAGAAAAUCCAAACAUAAGAGGACUCUUAUUGUUGUUUUAACUAUUUCCGUGGCUGUUUUACUGAUAUUAUUAGCUUCUUUGUCACGCAUCCAUAUUUUAUUGAAGAGAAGGAAAGCAAUGGGAUGUAAUUCCUCCUCCGUGGAAACUUCUGACCUUCUCAGGACAAGGAGAGCUUCCUUUGAGUCAAAGACAAAUCAGGAUAAGAUCCUUCCUGGAGUUUCUGGCUAUCUAGGCAAGCUGAUAGUUUAUGAAAUGGAAGUAAUUAUGGAAGCAACAUUGGAACUCAGCGAACAGUACAGGAUUGGAGGAUCUGUAUACCAGGCCAAGAUGCAUGAUCAGAUAUUUGCUGUAAAAAAGACCAAAGAUGCCACAGAGGAACUGAAUAUAUUACAGAAAGUAAGCCAUGCAAAUUUGCUCAAGUUAAUGGGUAUAUCAGCAGACCAUCAGAGGACCUUCUUCCUAGUUUUCGAAUAUGCAGAGAAUGGGUCGCUGGAUCGGUGGUUGUUCCACAAGUCAUCACCAUCUUCUGGGUCCAUUUCAGUCCUGAAUUGGAGUCAAAGAGUAAAUAUUGCUUUAGAUGUUGCCAAUGGCCUGCAAUACAUGCACGAGCAUACUCAACCAAGUAUGGUUCAUCGGGAUAUAAGAGCCAGUAACAUACUUCUUGAUUCAAAAUUUAAGGCCAAGAUUGGAAAUUUUUCCUUGGCCAGACCUGCUACGAGUCCUACAGUGCUGAAGGUUGAUGUAUUUGCUUUUGGGGUUGUUCUUUUGGAAUUAAUUUCGGGAAGGAAAUCAAUGGAAACAAAAAACAAUGGUGAAAUAGUGAUGUUGUGGAAAGAAAUAAACGGAAUAUUGGAAGUUGAAGAGGAGAAAGAGGAGAGAUUAAGGAGAUGGAUUGAUCCACACUUGGAGACCUUUUAUCCCAUAGAUGGAGCUCUGAGCUUGGCAAGCCUGGCAAGAGCCUGCACAUCAGACAAGUCUUUUGAGCGACCAAAAAUGGCAGAAGUCGUCUUCCACCUGUGUGUUCUCUCUCAAUCGUCUUCUGGGAUUCAUGAGAGGUCUUGGACUUUCGGAGAAGCAGAUGAAGCGAUUCAGUUUGUCACUCCAAUUAUAGCUCGUUGA